AUGGCAGAGCAAGGAGGACGAAGCGGCGGGAGGGGGGGUGGGGGAGGCGGCGGAGAGGGAAAGGCGCAUGACCGGAGGGAAGAUGCGGAGGCAGAGGCGGAUCCCGAAGCGUGCGAGCGGCCGUUCGAGCAGCGGCCGUCGUGGCUGCACCGGCGCGGCAAGGGCGAGUGGAACUCGGGGCUAAAGGACUUUCCUCGGGAUCCCCGCGCCGCCGUCCUCGGGGCCUUUGCGACCUACUGCCUGGUGGGCGGGUGCUGGGGCGUGCCUCUCUCGUUCAUCCUCGGCCCCUUCGCCUACUGGUUCACGUGUGUGCCGUGCUACGCGGAGUCUAUACGCCGCCAGCUGCGCCACUCGAAGGGGCUGCACGAACGACCCAUGGAUGACUUUGCCGCCCACUGCUGCUGCCACCCGUGCGCGCUUUGUCAGGAGUACAGGGAGACCCGUGAGUUUGACUUGGAGCUGGUGGCAGGGCCAACACACCCCACUGUGGACCGACCACCAUCGGAAACUGCCAGGCAUCUGGAGCACCUGCAGGAGACACAGCAGAUGGGGCGGUGA